GUAAAUAUUUCCCACUUAAAUUAGUUUGAAAGAUUUGUUAUAAAUUCAAUUUUAGAAUUAAGGCAACUAAAAAUGUCAGAUAAAAUGGAUAAAAUUUUGAAAGACUUAGAUCUCACAAGUGGGUCUUAAAAGAGAAAAAUGAAAGAUAGAGAUUUAGAAUAAGAAUAAGGCGAUUUAAGUAAAGAAAUAAUGUAAAGCGCAGAUAAUUCAUUCAAGAUUGAGGAUUAAACUUAAAAAAAAAUAAAGAUAUCAGAUGAUAUUUAGGGAGAUUAUAAUAAUAAUUAAGAUGUAAAUUAACAAGAUGGUGUUUUAGCAGAGAAAAUAGGCGAAUAGAUAGUUUUUAUAAACCUUGAAGAAAAUAAAUAGCAAUACUAAAAUAAACCUGUAGAAAUAGAUGACUUUUUAUAGUUUGAGGAAAAAUUAGAUAAAAAGGAAGCCGAAGAAGGUGAUUUAAAUAUAGAACCAAUUAUUGGAAAGCAAGCAGAUGAAUAAAAGGUAGCACCCUGGGCUUCUCUUAGAACUCUGCGUAUUAAAAAUCCUCUUUUGAGAUUACAUAAUGAAAUUAUUGAGCUUACUGAUUAUUUAUCACCUACCAAACAAGAGCAUGAAAUAAGAUUAAAGUCAAUGGAAAGGCUCAAAAAAAUUUUGUUAGAUGCAGUUCCUGGAUGUGAAGUUAAAACCUUUGGUUCUUUCAGCACUGAAUUAUAUCUACCUAACUCAGAUAUAGAUAUGGUUAUUGUGAAAGAUGAUAUACAGAACAAAUCUCUGUAUAAAAAAGUAGCUGAUAAAAUAAUGAAUUGUGAUGAUAUUUAUGAAAAUAUAAAUUUAGUUACUAAUGCUAAGGUGCCUAUUAUCAAAUUUGUUGAGAAGGAAACUUAAAUCAAUUUUGAUAUUUCUUUUAACAAAGAAGAUGGUGUUAAAUAAUUAUCAGAAGUUAAAAAAGGCUUAGAACUCUAUCCUGAAAUGAAAUACCUGAUUAUGGUAAUGAAAUGCAUUCUCAGAUAAAGAGACUUGCAUGAAACAUAUUCAGGUGGUAUUGGAAGUUUUCUGCUUUUCUGUAUGAUUCUUGCAUUUUUAAGGGAUCUUCGCAGACAAUAUGAAAAGGAAAAUAGAGUUUAAGAAAUACAAAAUAUUACCUUAGGAGAAUAUUUAUUAAAAAUGUUUAAAUUUUAUGGAUUUUUUGAUGUUGACAAUAAAAGAAUUAUCAUGCAUGAAGGAGGUGAAGCACAAUUCAAAAUUUACAUGAUUGUUAAUUAAUUUUUACUUAAAAUAUAUAUUUAGGUGCAAUUGUCGAAAAGGAUAUUAAAGAUAAAAGAUUUAGCUUACUUAGCCCCUAGGAUCCUACUCACGAUAUUGGAAAUUCAUCUUUCAAAAUCAAAGAAUAAGUUUUCCCACUAUUCAAAAAUAGAUUCUAAUUCUUUACUAAUUAUAACUUCAAAUAAGGCGAAAGCACUCUUAAAUAUUUAGUCAAUCCAUCUAACUCAACAUUUACUUUCUAAAAGGAAGAAAAGUGAAAAUAAAAAAUUUAUCUAUCCUCUAAACAAUAAAGCCUUUUGAUUUUGCUUUAUUUGUUAAAUAAAUUUAUGUUACAUAGCUAAUUUAUUCGUGUUUAUUAAGGUAAUUUAAUUUUAUUAAAUAUUUUCUA